UUAAGGAAAUAAUCAAUGUGUAAAUUAGUGUAGAAUUUGUAACCUGGCAACAUAUAUACCAAAUUAUUUGACACGCUGUAAAAUUUUAUGUCUUUCACCUUCUGUCAGAAAAACGAGAACCAAACUAACUAGUAAAGAACUAGUGGUAUUAGUUGAAGUUGGUACUUGAUACUCUUGCUAGUUCAGUUUACCAAUUGCAUUUAUCUGAUACUGAGUGCAUUUUUAAUUCACAUUAAUAAAAUAAGCAUUUGUUUUAAACUAUGUAUCAAUUUAUGUUUAUAAAAAUAGUAACACUGACGGUAAUUACAAUAAACAAAGACAGAACCAAAACAAAUAAACAAAAACUACAGUAAUGUAAACAUUUAAGGACACACAAGAGUACUAGAUAAAUAAUUAUAGACAAAAAUAAGAAAAAGUUAAAUUCAGUAUCAUGGAUGACACUUUUGAGUUCACGUUAAAAAAAGUUUGCUGUACAUGUUUAAGUAUAGAUAGAAAUUUAGUGCAGCUUAGUCGUGUGGACGAUGGUGUAAAUAAAUUAUUUUUCUUACUAUCAUAUGAUUCUGAUGCUUAUGAGGCAAUGUUUCACAAAGAUGCUGUGAACCUGUUCAUCUGUUGGGAGUGUAAAGCUCUCAUGGCCAAGCUGUGUAAGUUCAGAAACCAGGCUUGCUGUGCACAGAAGCGGUUAACUGACAUAACUGAUGGUAAAAUUGAUUUAAAAUCAAAGAACAUAACACUCUCACAACUAACCCACUAUCACCAAACAUUUUUCAACAAUGAAUAUAUCGCAGACGAUGAAACUAUUGAUAAUUUCAUAGAUUGUGGACCGGAUAUAGACUUUAUUAAAACGGAAAGCGACAAUGAUGAUGUACCAUUAUCAAAUUUACAAAUUAAUAACUUAAUUGAUGAUAAAGAAUCUCUUUUGAACGAUACUAAAGAUGUAUCUGAAAAUACUGGCGAUAAAAUGUUUGUUAAAAAAAAAAGGAAAAGUUUUAAAGCGGCAGAGAUUUCAACAGAUAAUAAAAGUGAAUUCUAUUCUAUAAUUCAAAUGUCAGAAGAUGAAAUGAUAGAUUGUAUAGAGAAAAUGAAAUCUAUGGAUAGUUACGUGAAUGCAUCAAGCAAAUGUGAGUCAUGUGUCGAAGGCUUUAAAGACUAUAAUGAGCUGGAGAAACACAAUCUGGAAUUGCAUGUUGAGAAACAGAAACACGUACAAUGCGACAUAUGUUAUAUAUAUGUAAAACAGAAAUCGCUUCCGGAACACAGGGAUGAACACUUCCGGAAAUAUAUUUGCAAUACUUGCGAGCACGUGUCUUAUAAACUUGAAAAUUUGGCGGAACAUUUGAAGGUCGACCAUGUCUUUGAUGUUAAAUGGAGUAAGAUCAGAAAAAAUAUAACAAGAAAGUCCGAAUCGAAAACGAAGCUUAAUAAGACGAAAGAUGUAAAAACGCAAUUUGGUUAUCUCUGCGUGGAGUGUGAUAAAUACUUUGAGAACAAGAAUAAAAGAUACAAGCACAUACAGAAAUUUCACAGAGACGGUUUCGAAUGCACUACGUGCGGGAAGAAGUUCGCGUUCAAAAACACGCUGAACCGACACGAGCAACUCCACCGCGGCCCGCUGCCCCGCGAACAAUGCCCCACGUGCGGCAAGAUGGUGCGCGCAGACUUGCGACAGUCACACGCGCGGACGCACGCGCUGCGGCAGGCGCACGACUGUCGCGCGUGUGACAAGCGCUUCGUGUCGCGCGCUUCGUACGAGAACCACCUGAAGUACUCCCGUCGGCACGCCGUCACCGAUGUCCUCAAAUAUAAGUGUGCUAUGUGCGAGAAAGGAUACAGGUCGCGCGGCGAACUGCGCGAUCACGUCAAUUAUCAACACAUGGGGAAGACACAACACAAAUGUCCGAUAUGUGAUAAGGCGUUAGCUACCCGCCGAUGUAUAACCCGCCACAUCAGACGAGCCCAUCACGGCGUUAAAGAGAACGCGAAGGAUAAGAUAUGCCAAACGUGUGGAAAAGCGUUUCGGGAUAAAAAAUGUCUUAGAGAGCAUGAACUAAUUCAUACAGGCGAGAGGCCUUUGUCUUGUAACAUCUGUGGACGGACCUUCAGACAAAGCGCGUCGCUAUACACGCAUAAGAAGCGUGUUCACAACAUUGUACCAAAACAACGGAUUGUUUUACACACGGACAGCGAGAAUAAUCAAAUAAAUGCUUAAUAUAUA